AUGGCUGUCAGCGCAAGAGGAGCUCUGGCGGCAGCCAGAUUUGCUGCAUGGAGACCAACAAUUGCUCAAAAUCACUGCGCGCGGGCAUCUACACUCCUUAAAACAUCACAUUAUCAUAACCCCACGUUGCUGGCUUCUCUCCCGGCUACAGUCCGGUCUAUCCAUGCACAAACUCACCCAAGGACCCAAGCAGCGACCGCCACAACCACCGCCUCCUCAUCCUCUCCCUCCACUUUAGCACCAGCGGACGGAGCCGCUUCCCAAAGUCCACAAACCAAAGGCUCCUCGAACCCCGCCCUCUCAUUCCCCUGCCUUGACGCCCUCGAUGCCAAAUCAUCUUCUCUCCUCGCAAGAUCCCUAACCUCCGGCCCAGAACCCUCCUACACAUCCGGCCACCACGAAAAGUUCAAAUCCACCGAUCCCCUCCUCCUCGACUGGGGCGGCGUCCUCCCCGAAUUCACGAUCGCCUACGAAACCUGGGGCACUCUAAACAGCGACAAAUCCAACGCCAUCCUCCUCCACACAGGCCUUUCCGCCUCCUCCCACGCCCACAGCACCCCCGCAAACCCCAAACGAGGCUGGUGGGAACGCUUCAUUGGCCCCAACGCCCCUCUCGACACUGACAAAUACUUCAUCAUCUGCACAAACGUCAUCGGUGGCUGUUACGGCAGCACAGGGCCUUCCUCCAUCGACCCCUCCGACGGCAAACGCUACGCAACCCGCUUCCCCAUCCUCACCCUCGAAGACAUGGUGCGCGCCCAAUUCCGCCUCCUCGACUCGCUGGGCAUCUCCACCCUGGCCGCCUCCGUCGGCUCCAGCAUGGGCGGCAUGCAAUCGCUCGCUGCAGGCAUCCUAUUCCCGCACCGCGUGCGCAAAAUAGUCUCCAUCAGCGGCUGCGCGCGCAGCCACCCGUACAGCAUCGCCAUGCGCCACACCCAGCGCCAAGUGCUCAUGAUGGAUCCCAAGUGGGCGCGGGGGUUCUACUACGACUCCGUCCCGCCGCAUUCAGGCGUGAAGCUGGCGCGCGAGAUUGCGACGGUGACGUAUCGCAGUGGACCGGAGUGGGAGAAGCGGUUUGGUCGCAAGCGGGCGGAUCCCAGUAAGCCGCCGGCCCUGUGUCCGGAUUUCCUCAUCGAGACGUACCUCGACCAUGCCGGGGAGAAGUUCUCGCUCGACUACGAUCCGAACAGUUUGCUGUAUGUGUCUAAGGCGAUGGACUUGUUUGAUCUGGGCCGCGAGCAACAGAAGGCUACGGCGGCGAGGAGGGCGGAGACGGCGAAGCGCAUUGCAGCUGUGGGGGGUGAGGUUAGGCCGAUUCUUAGGGAUCCGACCUGUAGUCUUACGUUGCCUGCGCAGCCGUAUGAGGAGCAACCGUCGCCGCCACCGUCAUCGUCGUCGUCGUCGUCGUCGCAGGGUGUAAAUAGUAAUGAUUCCUCGGUAACUCCUCAGUCUGAAUCCGCCUCCCAAGCCACGUCCCAGCAACCCCCCCCAACAGACCUCAUUCUAGGCCUCUCCCCAUUAAAAGACCACCCCAUCCUCGUCAUGGGCGUGGCCAGUGACAUUCUAUUCCCAGCAUGGCAGCAGCGGGAGAUCGCUCAGGCGCUGCAGGCCGUGGGAAGUUCGCGGGUAGAACAUGUUGAGUUAGGCGAGGACAUAUCGCUCUUCGGACAUGAUACGUUUUUGUUGGAUCUGGAGAAUAUUGGAGGGAGGGUGGGAAGGUUUUUGGGCUGA